ACUUUGCUGCGAUUCUCUCUCUUUGGGUCUUGCUUCCACACACCGCAACACCUCUACCACGUCCCAUUUCCCAGCGAUCGCGGUCGCAGCCCUUUCGCCAUGGGCAUCAACAACCCUCUCCCGUCGAACCUGUCGUCGGAGUGCAAAAAGUGCGGCAAGAUCUUGACUUCCUUCAUCGAUCCCAGGCAACCCCUCGGCCCCGACAAAGUCAUUCCUGCCUCAAUCCUCGCAAAUGCAAAGGGUCUCGCCAUUCUCACAGUCUUCAAGGCCGGCUUUCUCGGCUCAGGUCGUUUCGGCUCCGGGCUGGUCGUUGCCCGCUUGCCCAAUGGCGGAUGGUCUGCUCCCUCGGCCAUCAUGACUGCUGGAGGAGGCUUCGGCGGUCAGAUCGGUUUCGAGCUCACCGACUUUGUCUUCAUCCUUAACGACUCGCAUGCUGUCAAGACGUUCUCGCAACAAGGAUCGAUCACUCUCGGCGGAAACGUGUCGAUCGCUGCUGGGCCUGUCGGGCGGAAUGCUGAGGCCGCGGGUGCUGCAUCACUCAAGGGCGUCUCGGGAAUCUUCGCGUAUAGCAAAACAAAGGGCCUGUUCGCCGGCGUCUCCCUGGAGGGCUCUGCGAUUAUUGAGAGGAGAGAUGCAAACGAAAAGCUGUAUGGUCAGCGUCUCACAGCCGCGCAGCUCCUGAAUGGCGCAAUCCCGUCGCCCCCUCAAGCCGCUCCUCUUAUGACUAUUCUGAACUCGCGCGCGUUUGCGGGCGUCCGCCAGGGCGAAGCUGUCGACAGCGCCAUGUACAAUGACUCGCCAGUUUAUGACAACAACCACGAUGACGUCGUCUGGGAAGGCCGGCGCGGCAGUGCAUAUGGCGAGGGAGAGAACAACCGCACCCGGGAUGAGUUCGGAAGGCCCUCGAGAAGCAGCACAUGGCAGGAUGAUGUCUAUGAUCGACCUUCUGGUACAGGCAUCAACAGGUCCAACACAAUUGGAUCUGGUGCGGGAGGCAACGACCACGCUGUGUCAGCGGCCGGCAAGAAGCCGCCGCCGCCGAGACCGUUCGCGCCCAAGCCGCAGCUGAAGAAGGACCAGGCGAUAGCACAGUUCACAUUCGAAGCAGACCAGCCUGGCGAUCUUGGUUUCAAGAAGGGCGAAGUGAUAACAGUGUUGAAAAAGACGACGAGCGACAACGAUUGGUGGACGGGCCAAAUUGGCAAUCGGACAGGAAUAUUCCCAAGCAAUUAUGUCAAGCUGCAGGAGUAAGAGAUUGCGCACCUGGUUUCGAGAGAGGCUGCCGGCGACUUUCUUUGCUUCAAGGGAACAAUUGAAGGGUGUGGAUGGAGCGCACGUGGUUGAAGUUGGAAUACCCAUGGGAGAGGAGCCAGUUGCCAGAAGGUUCAUCGGAUUGCGUU